AUGGAUUAUUUCGUUGGAGAAAUAUUUAAAAUCUCUUAUUUUAAAACAGUAUGGAGUACUAUCGCAUCCGUUGGAUGGUAUAUAAUUGGAAUUACAAUCUGCAUUUGGUGGGCAUCUCCGUACAUUUUGGAAAAAUAUGCGAAUUGGAAGUUGAGAAAGAGUGAACAGGAAUAUGCAGCAAAAUAUCAUAAGAAUCCGGAUCUGUUGCGAGAAAGGCUCAUAGGUUUAGAAGCUUCACGACAAAAAAUGCAAGAGGAAUAUUAUCAGAAAUGUAUGUUGGCAGAAGAGGAAAGGACAGAGCAGAAAGGAAAUGCAAAAGGAAUAUCAAAAUUAAUCUUAGACAAUAAUGUCAUAGACGGUAGACCAGGAAAGAAGAACAACGAUUCACCACCUUUUACAGAGAAGAAACACAAAUUUAUAAGGGGGGGAUACAACCCAUUAAUGGGCGACGGUUCUAGAGGAUAUCGACCCCCUAAGCGUACUUGUUGCGGAAAGGGUGGUUGCGGGUAA